UGUAAGAGUGUAGUAGAAGGGUAAAAAUAUCUUUAUUUUAAAUAAAAUUACGCAUUUCCUCAGUUCCUCUUCUCUUCGCUAUCAUUAAACGCAGGAGUGUUGUCCACUGAAGGCAACAGAUCUACAAAUUAUACAUUUCUACAACAAUAACGAGUACUAUUGGAAAAAGCACAAAAAUAAAUACCAAAAUCGCUCUUUUCCUCAAUUCUCUCUCCUAAAUUCCUCCAUUCUUGAUUAUAAUCUCCCUUUUCUCUCUCUAUAUCUCGAUUUUGGAUGCAAUUUCAGGGCUUCAAUUGAUCUACCACUCUGUUACGCAUUUCUCAGAUCUGAAAGAGAAGAAGUUUGUGGAUCAUUGAGAGAUGUUGACGAAGUUUGAGACGAAGAGUAAUAGGGUCAAAGGACUCAGUUUUCACAGCAAGAGACCAUGGAUCUUGGCAAGUCUUCACAGUGGUGUGAUCCAGCUAUGGGAUUACAGGAUGGGUACACUUAUUGAUCGGUUUGAUGAGCAUGAUGGCCCUGUUCGUGGUGUUCAUUUCCAUAAAUCUCAGCCUCUAUUUGUUUCAGGAGGCGAUGAUUACAAGAUUAAAGUUUGGAACUAUAAACUUCACAGAUGUCUGUUUACACUACUUGGACACCUUGAUUACAUUCGUACGGUGCAGUUUCACCAUGAGAACCCAUGGAUUGUCAGUGCCAGUGAUGAUCAGACUAUUCGCAUAUGGAACUGGCAGUCACGGACAUGUAUAUCUGUGUUGACUGGACAUAAUCAUUAUGUGAUGUGUGCCUCAUUUCAUCCGAAAGAGGAUCUUGUUGUGUCAGCCUCCCUUGACCAGACAGUUCGGGUCUGGGAUAUUGGUGCACUAAGAAAGAAAAGUGCUUCUCCUGCAGAUGACAUGUUGCGGUUGAGUCAGAUGAAUACUGAUCUCUUUGGUGGUGUUGACGCUGUGGUGAAGUAUGUCUUGGAAGGUCAUGACAGAGGAGUUAACUGGGCUGCAUUUCAUCCAACUCUGCCCUUGAUUGUAUCUGGAGCUGAUGAUCGCCAAGUUAAAUUGUGGCGUAUGAAUGAUACAAAGGCUUGGGAGGUGGACACAUUGAGGGGACACAUGAACAAUGUGUCCUGUGUUAUGUUCCAUGCCAAACAGGAUAUUAUUGUUUCUAAUUCAGAAGACAAAAGUAUUCGCGUCUGGGAUGUGACAAAGCGGAGUGGCAUUCAGACAUUUCGUCGGGAGCAAGAUAGAUUUUGGAUUCUUGCAGCUCAUCCUGAGAUGAAUCUCCUAGCUGCUGGUCAUGACAGUGGGAUGAUUGUCUUUAAAUUGGAGAGAGAGCGUCCUGCAUUUUGUGUGAGUGGUGACUCCAUGUUUUAUGCAAAAGAUCGUUUCUUGCGCUUUUUCGAAAUUUCUACUCAACGAGACACCCAAGUUACUCCAAUUCGCCGGCCUGGCACCACGAGUUUGAAUCAGGGUCCACGAACACUUUCCUUUAGUCCUACAGAGAAUGCUGUACUUGUUUGUUCUGAUGUGGAUGGUGGGUCUUAUGAGCUUUAUGUAGUUCCUAAAGAUUCAUUUGGCAGGGGUGAUGUAGUACAAGACACAAAAAGAGGUGUUGGAGGAUCUGCUGUUUUUAUUGCUCGUAGCAGGUUUGCAGUGCUUGACAAAAGCAAUAACCAAGUGCUUAUCAAGAAUCUGAAGAAUGAGAUUACGAAAAAGAGUGUCCUCCCUAUUGCUACUGAUGUAAUAUUCUAUGCUGGUAUUGGUAACUUACUCUGUAGAGCAGAGGACAGGGUUGUUAUUUUUGACCUUCAACAGAGAAUUGUUCUAGGUGAACUCCAAACACCUUUUGUCAAGUAUGUUGUGUGGUCAAAUGACAUGGAGAGUGUUGCUCUUCUAAGCAAACAUGCUAUUGUUAUUGCAAGCAAAAAGCUUGUUCAUCAGUGUACUCUUCAUGAGACAAUUCGAGUUAAAAGUGGAGCCUGGGAUGAUAAUGGAGUCUUUAUCUAUACAACACUGAACCACAUCAAGUAUUGCCUACCUAAUGGAGAUAGUGGCAUAAUUAAAACACUUGAUGUUCCAAUUUAUAUCACAAAAGUUUCUGGGAAUACAAUUUUUUGCUUGGAUCGAGAUGGAAAGAACAAGGCCAUAGUUAUUGACGCGACAGAGUAUAUUUUCAAGCUGUCUCUAAUGCGGAAGAAAUUUGACCAAGUUAUGAGCAUGAUAAGAAGCUCUCAACUUGUGGGUCAGGCAAUGAUUGCUUAUUUACAGCAGAAAGGAUUUCCUGAAGUUGCUCUGCAUUUUGUUAAAGAUGAGAGAACCCGCUUCAAUUUAGCUCUGGAGAGUGGAAACAUACAAAUUGCAGUUGCUUCAGCGAAGGAAAUUGACGAAAAAGAUCACUGGUAUAAGCUAGGGCUGGAGGCUCUUCGCCAGGGUAAUGCUGGUAUAGUAGAAUAUGCUUACCAGAGGACCAAAAAUUUUGAGAGGUUGUCUUUUCUUUAUCUCAUGACAGGAAAUAAGGAGAAAUUAAGCAAAAUGUUGAAAAUUGCAGAGGUAAAGAAUGAUGUAAUGGGUCAAUUUCACAAUGCCCUUUAUUUAGGUGAUGUGGAGGAGCGUGUGAAAGUUUUAGAGAAUGCUGGGCAUUUGCCUCUUGCUUACAUUACAGCUUCAGUACAUGGGCUGCAUGAUGUUGCAGAGAGACUAGCUUCUGAGUUGGGAGAUGAUGUUCCCUCCUUGCCUGAAGGUAAGGUGCCCUCGCUUUUAAUACCUCCUGCACCUAUUAUGUGUGCCGGAGAUUGGCCCCUGUUGAGAGUGAUGAAGGGUAUCUUUCAGAGUGAAGUAGUUGACAGGAAUGUUGUUGAAGAUGAAGAGGAGGAUGCAGGUAACUGGGGUGAAGAUUUGGACAUGAAUGAUGCUGAAAAUAUAGAGAACGGAGACACUGCAGAUGUUUUGGAUCACGAAGAAGUAGCUGAUGAAGACGAGGAAAAUGGUGGAUGGGACUUGGAAGAAUUGGAUCUUCCUCCAGAGGAAUCCCCGAAAGCUUCUGUGAGUUCCCGUUCAGCAGUUUUUGUUGCUCCAAAUCCAGGCAUGCCAGUCAGCCAAAUCUGGAUCCAGAAGUCAUCACUUGCUGCUGAUCAUGCGGCUGCUGGAAAUUUUGACACUGCAAUGCGGUUGCUUAGUCGACAACUCGGGAUUACAAAUUUUACUCCCCUGAAAUCCAUUUUCCUUGAUCUUCAUGCCGGUAGUCAUAGCUAUCUACGUGCUUUCGCUUCUUCCCCUGUUAUAUCUUUAGCCUUGGAAAGAGGGUGGACUGAGUCAGCCAGCCCUAAUGUGAGGAACCCGCCAGCCUUGGUGUAUAAUUUCUCCCAAUUAGAAGAGAAGCUUAAGGCUGGAUACAAGUCCACUACAACUGGUAAAUUUUCCGAUGCCCUUCGGAUCUUCUUAGGUAUUCUGCAUACCAUUCCUCUGAUAGUUGUGGAGUCCAGAAGAGAAGUUGACGAAGUCAAAGAGCUGAUUAUCAUAGUUAAGGAGUAUGUCUUGGGUCUAAAGAUGGAAACCAAAAGAAGAGAGCUGAAGGAUGAUCCAAAGCGUCAACAGGAGCUUGCUGCUUAUUUUACGCAUUGCAAUCUUCAAAUGCCUCAUUUGAGGCUAGCACUGCAAAAUGCCAUGACAGUUUGUUACAAGGCUAAGAAUCUGAGCACAGCUUCUAGUUUUGCUAGACGGCUCCUCGAGACAAACCCAACAAAUGAGCAACAGGCUAAGCUUGCCCGACAAGUUGUACAGGCCGCCGAGAAGAAUAUGAAUGAUGCAAUUGAACUUGACUAUGACUUCAGAAAUCCUUUUGUGGUCUGUGGGGCUACAUAUGUGCCAAUUUAUCGUGGUCAAAAAGACGUUUCAUGUCCCUACUGUAGUGCCCGUUUUGUGCCUACUCAGGAGGGGCAAAUUUGUAAUGUUUGUGAGCUUGCCGUUGUUGGAGCCGAUGCAUCUGGCUUGCUUUGUUCCCCAUCUCAGGUAAGAUGAGCAACUACCUUUCUGCUUGACCGAGACCUUUUGUAAGUUCAACCUUUGUACUUCCGUUGUUCAUUGCACAUCCUCUGUGGCUCGUGAAGUUCUCUGAAGGAUCAACAUCUAAAGCCUCAUUAUGUAAGAGUUAUUUCAAAAACUUGCUUUGUGAUUUCAUUUUUUAAGGUCUUUGACUUUCCCCUAGAAAUAUUUAGUUUUUGUUAUUUCUUAAUUUAAUGAAUUCAGAUGUAAUAAACUAUGGAAUUUUGAUUUCUGGUCAUUCAUGUUAGAUGUUGAUAGACAGGACAGGAAUGGCUAAAAGGGCUCUUGUUAGAUAUGGUCAUAGGCAAGGCAACUUCUGAACAUCCCAGUAUGCUGAGAUUUGGAUAAUUUUACCCUGUUUUUAUCUUAUUGUGGAUUGAACCCCUAUUUCUCUUACUGUCAUAACUUGGAAUGUCUUGUACUCAAGUGUCUUUUUUCAUUUAUUUCUUAUAAAUGAUAGAUUUGAUACUUCCUUCGUUUCA